GAGACAUUUGAGGAGCUUUUGGAUAUUAUUGAAAAAAAUUUCGCUUCAUUACAAAUUUUCGACUGUGAAACUAAAUCUAAAUUUAUCGAAUCAAGCGGAUUUUUAUUCACAAGAUCAAAUCAGUUUGAAAAUAGCGAAAACAUUAUCAACCCACACAGGUGGGAAAAAUAUUUUGAUAGAAAGUUUCCAAGACAGGUAAAAAACUCCCAACAACAAGAGAAAUCGAAUGGCAAUGAAAAUUCACAGAAGAAUUUAAUUACGACAAUAAAAAAUCGGGUUUUUGAAAAAAACCAAAAAAUGAAGGACGAAAAACCGGAAUAUAUGGAAGUGGAGGAGUCGAGUGAGGAAAAGCCAAUAUAUCCUCGCAUUGGUCCUAAAAAAUCAUUUCCCUCUUUCUUUCCCUUACCGCCAACACCGACAACGACGACAACUUUUACAACCGGCACACCUUCAAUAGUGUUGACACCAUCGAAACUUGCGAGAUCAAGUCGUUCGGGAAUAACAAACGUCUCAAGUUCAUCGGAAGAAGAAAUAAAUCCCCUAAGUGUUAGCCGAUCAUUCAGUCAAUUUACAUUCAAGCAAGCCGACACUAAUAAUUUAAAGGAAAAUCUAAAUCUAACACCAAUUAGAAAUUCAGUCCCCAAAGAAAUUGUCAACAUAAAACAGGAGCUUGAGAAAGGAAAAAAAAAAUUACGCCCACUGAUGCAAGAGAAGAAACAGAAGCCAAUUUACAGUUGUUCUUGUUGGCAAAUUAUUUUCUUUCUACUACUUCCGAUUGUCGUUGUUUUGAUUUCGGCAAUUUUCAAUCAACCAGAAACAACAACAAUGUUCUUUAAUCCAAAAUUCAAUUUUACAAAUGUCACGGAAAAUCUUCCAAAACAAGUUCACGGACAGGAGAAGGCACUGCGUAAUCUCAUCAAUUUUCUCACCCUAGACAGUACAAAUUUCAAAAUUCUAACAUUCGUUGGCGGUACAGGUGUGGGAAAAACUCACGUGGCAAAUAUUAUCAAAAAUUCCCUACCGAACAGUUACUAUCAUUUCGAAUAUUUUCCACCGAUUUACAAUAAAAUUAACGAAGCCUACUCAAAACUAUCGAUAUGUCAAUGUAAUGUCAUCGUCCUCGAGAAUUUAUCCACCGAAGAUAUAUCGGAUGCCGCAUAUUUUUCUCAUUCACUAAAAAAACGUGCGUCAAAUCUUUGUGUUUUAAUUCUCGCUCUAUUUAAUACACAAGUCACCGAUAAUUAUCUGAGAAGAAGUUUAGACUUACAGGGAAGUGUGAGGAGUAUUGAAAAUAAUUUCGAAAAGGAAGACGUACCGGUAAAAUCGAUAGUAUUCGAAUCACUUGGAGAGGAGUCGAUAGUAAAGUGUAUAAAGGACGCAAUUAAUGAAUCACAUCUUAAAGUUUCCGACGAGGAUUUCAAUCGACUAAAGGAGCAUUUAUUGAUGUCGAACAGUGGUUGCAAGGGAGCAUUUUCAAAGGUUCAACUUUUUGGAAAAGUCGCUGAUUAACGGCGAAACUAUUUUGUCGAAAAAAAAAACGAGAACUGUGAUUUAGAUACGUAAGAAAAAUUUCUCGUCAGAAUAAAGACACUAAAAAUGUGAAAUUCAAAGAAAUAUUAAAUAAAAGGUAAUAAAAAAUAAUAGUUAAUAAUUAAUAAUUACUACUUAGUGAUUAAUUAAUAAUUAGUAACUAAUAAUUACUACU